ACUUGACCGCCCACACCGCCACACGCAUAAUAUAAAUAAAUAAUGCAUUCAUGAAACAAGUCUAACGUUAUCCAGCUAAUAAUCAUCCCUUGAUAUGUACGACAUUUAUACAACAAAUUUAAUUAAACAAUUUAUUUAGCACCUUAAUUUUGUUGGUGAUUGAUUAAAUAAGUGACAAUAUCAACUGAGCAAGAGAGGAUGAGGAAGGAGCUAAAUGAGAAGGCAAAAAGCGGACAGGCGGUGUUCCCUGGUGGCACUAUGGGUGGCCAGAGCGGCUUAGAGGCUACCACAGAGAACCUCUCCGAAAGUCGUAGUCCAGGUGGUGGCCACGGCCAGACUCGAGGGGAGCAAAUAAUUGGCACCCAAGGCGGCAAGGAGAUGGGCCGCAAAGGUGACCUUAGUGCGACUGAUAAGUCUGGUGGCGGGGAAAAGGCUGCCGAGGGAAGUUUCCCCGUUGAUGAGAUCAAGUUCAGAAGACUUCCUUAAAACUACCUAGCUAUCUAGCAAGCUUUUGUGUAGCAUAUUUGUUGUAACUUACUCGAGCCAUCUUUAAAAGAUUGUACAACUUUUUUUUUUUUUUUGGAUCCGUCCCUUAAAGGUCAAAGAUUAGGAAAAUAACAAAAUUAUCAACUACUUCCUCUUCUUGGAGCGA